AUGGAUGUUCCCGGCUUUGCGCUGAUUACUGGAGCCGCAUCUGGUAUCGGCAGAGCUUGUGCCAACGCCUUCGCUCAAGAAGGCUCCGCCGGAAUCGCCCUCUUAGAUCUCAACGCAGAGGCUCUGGCCACCGUCAAAGCCGAAAUCGAAGCGAAAGUAGCAAGCAGAAAACAACAAAAUGGAAACCAAAGUGCCAGUCAACAAAUACAACUGCUGACGUAUCCCAUCAACAUUGCCGACGAAGCUGAAGUUGAUCGCGUCGUCAACGACGCCGCCACCAAGUUCGGAAGACUGGACUACGUCGUUAACGCCGCCGGCAUCGCCAUGAAGCACGAGGGCGGAGCCGCUUUUGCAAAGACGGACGACUGGCAAAGAAUUCUGGAUGUCAAUAUCAACGGAACCUUCUAUGUUCUCAGAGCAUCGGCGCAAAUCAUGUUGAAGCAGGAACCCAUCCUCUCUACUAUCGACGGCCGACCCCUGCAAAGGGGCUCCAUCGUCAACUUUGGCUCUAUUCAGGGUGUCGUCGGCAUCACUUUGUCUACGGCGUACACGACAACGAAGCACGCGGUUAUCGGGCUGACUCGCACGGCGUCUGAGGACUAUGCCAAGGACGGCCUGCGUGUCAACGCCAUAUGCCCCGGUUAUACGGAAACUCCCAUGACGACGAAGAACCCUCAGGUUCUGAAGGCGAUGGAGGAGAGGGUUGCGAGCGCGGUGCCGAUGCAGAGGAUGGGUAACGCCAAGGAGAUUGCGGACGGCGUUCUGUAUCUAGCAGGAGGUCGGAGCUCGUUUGUUACUGGCUCCGCUCUAAUGGUUGACGGAGGAUAUACCUCAAGGUAG